AUGAUGCAAUACAAGUGUAAAAUUGAACAACCGCAUAUACAAAAUAGCCCGAUACACUGCUUUGCGGUAGAGAGAUUCUUUCGACGGUGCAAAGACAAAAACGGUACAUUUACGGUUGAAACAACAACCUGGGAAGAUAAAAAGCAAGAAAAAUCACCUUCAAAAGGAGCCGACGGAGGGGCGCCAGCAAAGCCAUAUCAAUGGUCACCAAAUUGGCAGGAUGCUGAUACAAGGUAG